AUGGAGGAAACAAUCAUAAGGGCCGCUCGGAGAGACAAACACGUCACUUUCACGAUCAAGGAGAAAAACCAAAUAAUUGAGAAAUACAACUCUCUACCCCUUUCUGAACGUACUCACGAUCGGAUUGCAGAUUGGACGCGUGUAAAUCUUAAGAAGGAACUGAAGCUUACCACUUUUAGAGACAUUAUUCGACGCGGUACCCAAGAGUGUGUGCAUGAGGAUCAAGCUCGAGCAAAAAGACCUAAAUGGCCCGAGCUUGAGGAGAUGCUUAUGUCAUGGAUUAGUCAACUAAAGCUCUGCAAUAUCACUGUUACCGGUCCUGCUAUUAUUGAGACUGCUAAUAUUUUUUUUUCGAAGCUUUAUCCAAAUCAGGAAGAACAACCAAGUUUCAGCAACGGCUGGCUCACUGGAUUCAAGAAGCGCAAUAACAUCAAACUAUAUACGUUUUCUCAGGAAGCAGAUUCUACCAAGAUUGACGAAACCGCGAUGGUGAGACUCAGAACUAUAUCAGGUUCAUACAAUUUGGAUGACAUUUACAAUAUGGACGAGACAGGUCUAUUCUGGAGAAUGACUCCGAAAAGAGGUCUAGCAACGCAACCAGGAUCUGUUCUAAAGAAAGAAAAAUCAAAAAUCACUGUUAUUCUUUGUACGAAUGGCUCAGGUACAGACAAGUUUCCACUUUGGAUAAUUGGGAAACACAAGAAGCCUCCCUGUUUCAGGAAUUUUGAUCCCCAAGCCAUGGACUGCCAGUGGAAGUACAACACAAGGGCUUGGGCAACAUCUGAUCUUAUUUUAGAGUGGUUUGAAGCUUUCUGCAAACAUGUAGGCGACCGCAGGGUUCUUCUUACAUUAGACAAUGCGCCUAAUCAUACAAAAGCUCUCAGGAACCUCACGAUCCCAGAUAACAUUGAAAUUGAAUUUCUCCCAAGGAAUACUGCAACCCAAUUCCAGCCGCUAGAUCAAGGCAUUAUCCAAACUUUCAAGCUUCUUUAUCGAAAGCGCUUUCUACGUUUUUUGACAAAUCAUAUAGCAAACCGUUUGUCUGAACGGGGAGCAUCUGAUAUUCAACUGGAUCCACUGAAACAAUAUCAGUUGAGCGACGCUAUAAUGAACGCUGCUCUCAGCUGGCAGACGGUUGAAUUGAGAACAAUAACAAAUUGCUUUCGCAAAAGUACCUUAGUGAACAGAGAGCCUACAGAGCAUGAAAUACCUGUUAUUGAUCUUUCAGCUGAAAUCGAUCAGUAUCAACAAGUUUCCAACGAAGAGGUUUCCAUUGAAAGGUUUCUUAACCCACCAGAAGAAAACUUCAAUAUUUCCUUUGAGCAAACAGGUACUCUGGAGGAGGCACGUAAGGUAGUCAUUGAUCACUUCGAAGAAAUGGCUUCUUACGAUGAAUCAGAUGAAAUUGAAGCUCCUGAAAAAAAAGUGAGCCCUUCCGAAGCAUGCUCAAUGAUAGAGAGUGCGAUCAAGGCUUUUGCAGAGUGCCCCCCUACUUACCCCGGGGAGGGAGAAUUGAUCAAAGAAAUUAUCGAUGAUCUAAAGCAUGCAGUUCAACGCAGUCAAAGUGUCAUCGGUUCACAUUCACCUCAAAGUAUUGUCAGUUCACAUUUACGUCAAAGGACCCUGGAUGAAACAAUCAGUACCUCUGGAGGUGCUUCACAAUCCUGA